UCCGUGCAAAGUUAUAAACAGACUGUUUAUCUUAUAAGCUGUUUGCUGAAAUAGUCUGACGAACUUUACCACGCAGAUCCUUUCUUUUCUACCGCAGACUAAACGUUUACAAAGUGUUUAAUUCCGUGUUUGGGUUGCGAGCAUUUAUUUUUAACAUUUUUUUUUCCGUUCCAGUGCACACUUUGACUGCAGCACUUUUAAAGGGUCUCCUUUUCCGCGACCGUGUGUGGAUUUGUCGCAGAAGCAAACCGUGAGGAAUCGUGUUCUUUUUUUCUUUUGUUAAUCGGGAACUCGUUUUUUGAGAGCGCCAUGGCGGCCGACGUGGGGACGCGCUCCUCUUCUCAGCAAGCCGACGCAAUGCUCUCUACUGAAGACAAUCAGGCGGAGGUUGACUGUGCCUACAGCGACGAGGACGACCCGCUGAAUGAGGUGGAGUUGAACGGUAACUGGACACCCCAAGAAAAAGCUCUCCACGAGGCUCGGCUCAAAGCAAAGGCCAAACGUCGUGUGCGCAAGACUUCGUCCCGCAGUUCCACCAGCGAGUCAUUUUCCGAAUCAGGAGAAGUGGCCGGAAGUGACCCACACAGUCCCAAGGGUAAAGUCGCUGCCCAUGACCGCAAAUCCAGAACAGGCAAAGGCAGAGGACUGCCAAAAAAAGGUGGGGCGGGUGGUAAAGGAGUUUGGGGUGCUCCUGGGGUAGUUUAUGAAGAUGAGCAGCCAGAUGUACGGGACCCCAACUAUGAUGAAUCCGCUCAGGGGGACACGGUUUAUGCAACAGUGGUGCCAGAGGUCGACGAGAAGGAAUUGGAAAAGAUGGUGAACCCAAUUGUGCAGGAGUACUUUGAACAUGGAGACACCAAAGAAGUCCAGAUGUUGUUGAAAGAGCUCAACCUUGGUCCUCAUAAGUAUGAAUUCUCCUCUGUGGCCGUGUCCUUGUCCCUGGAAGGCAAAGCCAGCCACAGAGAGCUGACAUCCCGCCUGCUGUCCGAUCUGUCGGGAAAGAUGCUGUCGCAAAGUGACAUGGCCCGCGCCUUCGACAAAAUACUCAAAGAGCUUCCAGACCUCAUAUUGGACACGCCAGAAGCACCUCAGAUGUUGGGCCAGUUUAUAGCCAGAGCCAUAGCAGACCAUGCACUUCCCAUGUCCUUUUUGGACUGUUACAAGGGCAAAGUGGACUGUGAACAUGCGAGAGUGGCGUUGGACCGUGCUGCCGUGCUCCUGUCAAUGAAGAGGGAGAUGGUUCGUCUUGACAACGUGUGGGGCGUGGGCGGAGGCCUCAGACCCGUCAAACAUCUCAUCAAAGAGAUGAACCUUCUGCUUCAGGAGUAUUUGACAUCAGGGGACGUGUCUGAGGCGGAGCACUGUCUGCGGGAUCUGGAGGUGCCGCACUUCCACCAUGAGCUGGUCUAUGAGGCUGUGGUGAUGGUGCUGGAGUCCCAAGGUAACACUGCCUCCAAUAUGAUGAUGAAGCUGCUACAGUCCUUUUGGAAAAUGGGCCUUGUCACUGUGGAUCAGAUGAACAGAGGUUUCCAGCGUGUUUAUGAUGAGCUCCCAGAGAUCAGCCUCGAUGUUCCACAUGCACACACCAUCUUGGAGACCUUUGUGGACCAAUGCUUCGAGGAGGCAGUCAUCACCAAAUUGCUGAGGGACGCCUGUCCCUCCAGAGGGCGAAAACGAUUUGUGAGUGAAGGCGAUGGAGGAGCAAUUAAGAAUUAAUCCAG